CUUCUUGAACGUAAUUAUGUUUAGUGGAAUCAUAACCUUGGAGUCAUUUAGUCAAAUACUUGAUCUUAUUUUUACAUGAGUAUUAUGUACAUUUAUAACACAACCUGACUAAAGCAUAAGUAAUAUGAUAAUUGACCAUACUUCCAAACUCCAGUAACCUUUCCCCCAGAGAAAUCCUACAUUAAUUUACCAGUUUAGUUCUAUAUGGAAUUCUGUCUUAUUUAGGGAUAUUAGCACAUAAUUGAAUUUAUGUCUUUGUAAGUUUUUGUAAGCAAUAUUCUAAAUGGGAGGUAAUGUGGAAUGACAUCUGACAUAUCUUCAUAUUUUGAAUAUGGAACCUUUUGUGAUCCAAGUCACUGAUGUACUUGCUAACUAUAUUUUCUACAUCUGUAUAUGUGCAGUAGAAGGUUAAGCUAAACUGAGCGCUAAAGUUAGAAAGACAAACAUUCUUUUCCAUAAAAAUAAAUUUUAAGCUUUAUUUUUGGAUAUAAAGACUUCUUUCCAGUGCUAUUGCUCAUUUUGUUUUCUGUUUUUUUUCAAAUGCAUAAACAAUCAACAGAGGCUGAAUUACAAAAGAAAUCAGUGAAAAGUCAAAACAAUCUUGAGAACAAUAAAAAUACUCAACUAUCUGAUAACAUUAUGGAUCUUCAACCCAGGAAUAUUCCUCAUUCAUCAAUGGGACUAAGUCCAAGAUUCAUAGAUCUUAAUUCAGGAGAAGAAACAGACUUACAGAUGAAAUCAGAGGGAAAUAUUGAUGGCAAUGGAAGCAUUCAAUCAUCUGAUAGUGUGAAGCAGCUUCAACCAAGGCGAAUCCGUCAUUUAUUGAUGGGGCUAAUUCCAAGACCCAUGAAUAUUAUAAGAAGACGAGGAAAAGCAUCUCACAAGAAAUAUCUUCCACAAAAGGGUUCCAUUGCAAUAAAAGACUCCUAUGCAAAUACAAAAUUACAAAGAAAAGAAAUACAAACACUCAAAUCAGUGGUAUUAGAAGAUGAUCACGAUAUGUGUGAUGGCAGCAAAAACAACCAGCCAUUGGUUGCAGCAAACAGGAAGAAACGUGCAAGCAAUGAACCGGAAGAUGCAACACACUCCUACGGUUGUGCAGCAUCGUCUGCCGCUCCUGGUGUCUCCGAGGCUUCUGUUGUCGCUGCUAUCGUUGCUGCGGCUACUCCCGCCGCUGCAGCCGCUGCUGCCUCUGCUGCUGUAGCUGCAGUAACAGCUGCUGCUGCUCCUGCUGCUGCUGCUUCUGCAACUGUUAAUGCUCUCGCUGCUGUGGCGCCUGGUGCUGCACCCGACAGUCCUGCUGUUCCUGUUGCUGCUGCGGCUGCUGCUGCUCUUCCUGCUGCUGCUGCUGCUGCUGCUGCCGCCGCCUCUGCCACUGCCAUUGAUGCCGUGGCUUUCGUGGAUGCUGCGUCUCGAACUACUGCCUCUGCUUCUGUUGCUGCAGUGGUUGCUUCUGCUGUCACGGCCGCAGCUGGUUCUGAAGUCCCCACUGUCGCUUCUACUGCUGCUGUAGCUGCUGCUGCUGCUGCUAUUGGUUCUGCUGCAGCAGCUGCCCACACGGCUUCUGUUGUCACUGCUAUAGCUCUUUGUGUUCCUCCUCCUAUUACCGCGUCAGCUGCAGCCCCUUCUUCUGUUGCCGCUGCCGCUGCUGCUGCUGCUGCGGUUGCUACUCAUGCUGCUGCUUCUCCUGCUGUCGCCACCGCCGCCGCCGCUGCUGCAGCUGCUGCUGCUAUUGCUGCUGAUGCUCCUCCAGGUACUCUUGCGGUAGCUCCUGCUGCUAUUGCUGAUGCAGUACCGGAUCCUUCUGAUGCUCCCUCUGCUGCAUCCGCUGCUGCUGCCGUUGCAAAAAGAAGAUUGAUUCUUCAAGGAAAGUAUGAGGAAGCAAGAAAGCAGCAACCCCACGUUGAGGAGGCAGAAGAACAUGAUGGGUCAAUCAUAAAAGAGCAAGUGGAGAAGAAAAGAAACAUAAUUUGUGCUUAUGAGACUGUGGAAGAACUGAGAGUCAAAAAAGAGAUGAUUGAGAUACAAGGAGAGCACUACCAGAGACAAGUCACAGAGACACAGGAACUUAAAGUAUGUCAGAAAACAAGAGACGCGGGCGUGAAGCAGUUACAUAAAGAAAAAGAACAUGCACAGAAGAUGGAAGAUCACCUACAAAUGUUAGAACUAGAAAAUACCUCACUAUUAGCUACAGUGAAGAAACAAAAGGCAGAAAUAGAACAUCUGCAGAGACAUCUGCAGGACACACAGAAAGACCUGGCCCAGAGUUCGAGUUUGGCACAGACAGCCGUUCAGGAAAAUAAGAAGCUCUGUAAGAAGCACACUGCAAUAAUAACUGAGAUGGAAAACACAAUUAAGAGGCUGUGGUCAGAAGUCUCCAGUGUUAAAACUUUGAGCGAGUCCAGCCAGAGAGAACUGGGGAAGUACAGGCGAUGCUAUCUGGAAGAACUAAGAAACAAAAACUUCCUAUUAUAUGAACUAAACAGGACUAACAACAGUCAAGACGAGUCCCAUACAGAACUUCACAUGAAGUUUGAGCAGAACAUUUCUGCAUCAAAUACACUGAGUACAAGGCUGGUUCAUAAGUGCUCUUGUGUGGAAAAAACUCACCAAUUGGGAAAUGAAGAUGGGGAAAACUUGGCGGCACCUUCCUCAACCACAGGAUCUAGUCAUGCCUGUAUGGCACACUACCCGUGGAUGUCUGAAAAUGAUAUGAGAGAGCUAAGCAAAGGACUUGGUGACUUAAAACCAUCCGUGCAACUUAGUUUGGAGACGCAGAAAAAACAAAAUAGCUGCGUAGAAGAACUAGCUGGAAUUGGGAAACCCUUUAAGAUAAUAAAUCAUAAAUGUGAAAUUGGAGAGUGUGGUUCUCACAGAGAUUUUGAAACCUGCCAAUUUGGAAGGAGGACUCCAGUUUCAACGCAGCAAUACUCAGAGUAACGAGAAUUUAGAGAAGAGCAGGACAAAGCUUCACAUGGAAACGCAGCACAGCAGAUCUACAGGAAAUGCACAAAGCUUGAGGCCAUUCACAGAGUGCUCUUCUGCUGGUUAUUUUGAUAGCAUCCCAGGACCCAGAAUAAGUCUCCUCCGGAGAGAAAACCUGACAGCAUCUUCCUCAGACUCUCCACUAUCAACCAGGGGCUGGAAGACUGCCUAGGAAUGGUUAGCUAUGCUUUCCAUUGUACAGUUCUGGUGCAGUUCUUGUUUUUAACUUGGUUAACUAUUAGGCUUUGCGGUUGACACCUUCUAAGUUAAGAUAAGAGUGAAUCAUGAUAAAGAAGAAAAGUAGAGGGAUUAGAGAGAGGGCUCCACUGGGAAACUGUGCUAAUGUGUGGUGCAAGGGCAUGAGUUCAGAUCCCCAAAACCACCUAAAAGUUUGGCAUAGUGCCUGUCACUGUAAUGAUGGAGAAUGGGUGGAGACAGGGGCAUCCUGUGGUUCUCAGUCAGGCUAGUCUUGAAUAAACCGUGAGCUUUAGGUUCAGUGUGGAACCUUGUUUAAAAAAAAUAUAAAGUAGAAAAGAGAGAGAAAGAUAGUGUAAGUAAGCUUUCCCCUACAGAAGUACAUGCACUGAUGAGUGCCACCCCAUACAUUGUUAGUACACACGUGUACACACACACACAUACACACACACAUACACACACACACACACACACACACACACACACACACACACGCUCACUACAUGGAACAAGAGAGAGGGAAAGAGAGAAAACAAAAUUAGAAAUCUUAUAAACUUGGAAAGUUCCUGGUGUUCUUAUUUUUAUGAGACAUCAUUUACAAACUUUAUACACAUGUAAGUGAAUUUAAAUAUAUUUAAAAUCUGAAUGUAAAUUGCUUUUUAGGAAAUGAUUAUUCCUGAAUAGACAAGGUGGCUCAGUGUGUAGAGGCCUAUGUUUUGAAGCCUGAUGAUGUCUGUUCAAUUUUCAAAGCCUACAUAUUAAAGGAGAGAACAAAUUGUCCCACCAGUUGUCAACUGACCUAGACAAAUGCUCCAUGACAUGUGUAUGUGUACACCCAGAUACAGACACACACAAAAUGAACACAUAGAUACAUAGAUGCAUAAAUGAACAGACAUGAAUGAAAAGGAUGAUUCCCGCACAUAAGUCUAGGAAUGCUUCGAUGUGCUUUGGCUUACUUUCUAAGCAACUUUUGCUUGGCCAUGCAACAUUUUGCUGAAUCUUACUUUUAGGUUUCAUGUUCCAGCUUAAUUUCAAGAUGAUGUGUCCUAUGCACUAGGAGCCAUUAUAUACUUUUGUUUUGUCCCCACUAGAUGUUAUGACUUUGCAAUUACAAGUUAUGUACCUGACAUGAGGAGAUACAUCUUUUAGGUUCUGUGUAUAAAGAAUUAUUGUCUGAUCACUGAAA